AUGAAUUUCUCAAAAAAAUGUUCAUAAAAUCCUAAUUACAUCAUCAACUUUUUCUAUAUAAUAUUAUUGUUUAUAAAAUCCGACUACAUGCUUACAGUCUAUCUUAUCUUAAUGAAUUGUCUAUGUAAAGAUACCUAAUAAUAUUUUAGUAACUUAGAGUUGUGAUCCGGGAUAACUUGAAAUCGCAGGUUCCUGUUUGGAUUGUCCCUCUAAUUGCUUUAGUUGCCCAGAUCUCGUAACAUGUGACUCUUGUAAGCCACAAUUUUAUCGUAAUGCUUUUAUGUAUUUCUUUUUUAGGUUAUUUUUCUUUUCCAGUGUAUAAAUGUGGUGCUUGUUCUAAUGGAUGUGAUGUUUGUAGUUCUUCUAGUAAUUGCUCAAAUUGCCUUCCAAAGUUUUAUAAAUCUGGCUCAAGUUGUUAAGCCUGCCCUACUUAGUGUGCUACUUGCACAUCUAAUACUGUAUGUUAAACUUGUGAAGAUCACUAUUUUAUAAUUGGAACUACUUGCUCAAUUUGUGAUACGAAUUGUAAGACAUGUUCAGGUACUAGUAGUACUUGUACCUAAUGUGAUGUUGGCAAAUACCUUUCAAAUUAAUAAUGUUUUCCUUGCACAUCUCCAUGUUCGGCUUGUGUCAACAAUUCAAAUGAUUGUACUUCAUGUAUUGACAUUCAUAAAACAGCAAUCAAUUUUUUAUGUGUUUGCAAUGAUGGAUAUUAUAUUGAUGGAUCAAACUAAUGUUAGCUUUGCACACCACCAUGUUCAAAGUGUAAAAAUACUGAUGAAGAUUGUACUGAAUGCAUCUCUACUUUUACAUUAAAUUAAAAUAUACAAAAUAAAUGUGAAUGCUAAUCCAACUAUUUUUAGGUUGAUUCUCAAACAUGUUAAUAAUGUAUAAGUCCAUGUUAAACUUGUGAAUAGAAUGAGAAUCACUGUCUAUCAUGUGUUGAUAGUAAUUAAAUUUUAACUAAUUCAAACUUUUGCGAAUGCAAGUCAGGUUGGAUUUUAAAUGCUGAUGGUAUCACAUGCAUUAAAUGUUAAUUACCUUGUUUAGAUUGUGUAGAUACAAUAGAUAAAUGUAUCACUUGUUAAGAUCAAUUACAUUAAUAACCUGAAUCUUGUGAAUGCGAUUCUGGAUGGAUAUUUGAUGAUAAUUACUUUUGCAUGCCUUGUAUAAAACCAUGUUAAACUUGUGAUAUAUCUACCACUAAAUGCUUGACAUGUGUUGAUCCUCAUCAUUAACUUAAUGAUUUAUUCUAAUGUGUUUGCUAAUCAACUUAUUAUUCUAAUACCCUAAUCACAUGUGCAAAAUGUUAAGAACCAUGUUUUGAAUGUGAUUCUAAUGGGUGUAUUAACUGCAUAGAUAUUAAUCAAAUCUUAGAUUCCAAUAAAUAAUGUGUUUGUAAACCUGGAUAUUUCUAAUAAGGUAUUGUAUGUAUUAAAUGUCAAAAUCCAUGUUCUACUUGUAUUGAUGCUAUUAAUAAAUGUUUGACAUGUGUGGAUCUUAAUUAAAUUGUCAAAGAUUAUUAAUGCCUAUGCAAAGAAGGAUUUGUGAAAAAAGGAGACUUUUGUUGUGAUUAAUAUUGUAUAGAUUGUUAGGGAUUCGAUAGUUGUAUUAAUUGUAUGAAGGGAUACUAUUUAACCUCCAUUAGUAGAUGUUUUAAAUGUAUUGAUCACUGUGAUAUUUGUUAAAAUCAAAUCAAUUGCCAAAUCUGUUAAGAUGGAUACUUUCUAAAUGAAUUGAGUUUAUGUGAAAAAUGUCUUCCUUAUUGUAAGUUAUGUGGAAAUUAAUAUAAUUGUGAUAUAUGUUUAGAUGGCUAUUUUCAACUGGAGUAGAAAUGUGAGUAAUGCAAUCAAAAUUGUUUAACCUGUAAUGAAUUAUCUGAAAAAUGUGUUACUUGUAGAUCUAAUUACGAAAUUAAUCCUUAUAAUUAAUGUAUAUGUAAAGUUGGAUAUUAUGAAUAGUAAAAUCAAUGUUAGAGAUGUGAAUACCCAUGUAAAAAAUGUUUAAGUAAAACUAUAUGUUAAGAAUGUGUUAUGCUAUCUAAUUUACAUUUAGAUUUGAAUUUUCAAUGCAAUUGCAGUCUAGGAUACUUUUGGAAUUAAAAUAGUUGUUCUUAAUGUUAUUAAUCUUGCCUUAAUUGCAUUGAAAAUUAAUUUCAUUGUAUAAGUUGUGAUAAAAGACUAAAUAGAAUUUUAAAAAAUAAAAAAUGUGUGUGUAUUGAAAAUUAUUUUGAAAGUGAAGAUGGAGUAUGUAUUUCAUGUUUAAAUUAAUUGGGGAAAUCUUAAGAAAGUUGUAAAUAUUAAGAUUGUAAAGAUUUAAUUUGGACAUAUGGAGAAGAAUGUGAUGAUGGAAAUUAUGUAAAUAGAGAUGGUUGUUCUAAUUGUAAAAUUGAUCAUAACUACUCUUGUUCUAAUGAAAUACUAAAAUAAUCCAUUUGUUUUCAAUGUUCAACUAAUUGCAUUAAAUGCUAAGUGAAUCCUUUAACAAAAAAAUCUUAAUGUAUUAAAUGCAAAGUUGGUUAUUUUUUAGAUAAAAAUGAUUGUAUUGAAUGCUCAAUAAAUUGUUUGGAAUGUAUGGAUUAAGCUAAUAAUUGUAUAAGUUGUAAGUUUCCAUAAUAGAAGAAUUAAAAAUGUUAACUCUGUUAAUCAGGAUAUUAUGCAGACGAGAUAUAUGGAACUUGUUUUAAUAAAUGUGGAGAUUAUAUUAAAGUAAAUGAGGAGGAAUGUGAUGAUGGAAAUCUUAUUAAAGGUGAUGGGUGUGAUGAUUAAUGUAAAUCAGAAAAUAAGUACAUAUUUCUGAAUGGAGUAAGUAUCGUACCAAAUUAUCCAAAACCAUAAUUAUAGAGUGUAGGGACUUCUUAGAUUUACUCUGCUAUAAGAGUAUUUAAAUUAUCUUUCACUACUCAAAUUGUUAUAACUGAUGGUUUUCAAAUUAAAGAUUAUCUGACUUUUCAUAUAAAAAACAAUAUUGAAACUACAUAAAUGGAUUAGUCCAUUAAACUCAAUCAAGAUACUUCAUAAAUUAAUGAGUUUAAUUCAACUGAGUUAAUUUUGAUGAUAAAUAUCACUUUCUUAAGAAGUUCACAAGAUGAAAUCCUCUUGAUCAAAUUCUUAAAUAACUCAGUUAUUUAUUCAAAUGAAGGAUACUCCUAAAUUGAAACUGAAGUCUUUUGCCUUAUACCAAAAGUGAUAUACAUAGAUGAUGUCAC